GUUAACCUCUCUUGGGAUCAAUCUGCCUGCCAGCUAAAUGAAGCAAGACAAGUCAUCAAUAUCAAACAAUCGGUUGACGAACGACGACGAACUUUAAUGUUAAUUUCAAUCUUUGUUGGAGAGCCAGUCAACCAAGAAGUGGGUAAUCAUGGAUGACUUGUUGUAUUGUCCUCUUAUGGUCAUGAAAGCAUAUGUUAUUUGUAAUACUUACAUGACACUAUAAGCAGUACCCGAGGAGAACUUCUAAUGACUUGGCGACAAUCUGGCUAAACUAUAAUUUUGUUUAACGAGAGAGUUACUAGUUAUUUGAAGAGAAGUUUAUUUAAGUGAAUAAAAUUGCAAUUAUCGAUGAAUAAUCAUCAUGUCCGUUAAAAGUACAAUGGAGUUAUGCUUUGAAAUUGGUGCUAAUUCAAAGUGAACUCCACAGUGUUCUUAGCAGUUGAAUGAAAUGGCUCACACAUCGUUAUGGUUCAUAGUUUUCAUUGUUAUUUGCAUGUUUAUUGGGCUGCUUUUUGUAAUAUUUCAACGUCAACUAAACAUAAAUUGCAUGAAAGAUGAAGAACAGGAUGAAAUCGAAUACAGAUUUAUUACGCCGGCAACAAAUAUCAAUAAAACAUGCCUGUGUUCAAUAUUCUUAUGAAAGUGUACAACCCGAAAUAAGAGAAUCUAUUAAUGAAAAUGAAUUUGAAGAACCAAGUUUCAACGACUCGUCAAUGAUGAUAAAGAAAAGACAAUUUGAAAAAACCUUAUUCAGACAGGUGGACAGUGCCGAUGAAAUGUCUAUUAUAAACGACAAUUAUAAGGAUACGCAGAAUCAUAAACAUCGACAUACAACAAACAUUAGCCCCAGAUUGAAGAAUUACUUAGAAAAUGUACCUGGAAAUAAGCCAGUGAUGUUGCUGUCCUUACAUUAUAUAAAGAAUACAGAGAAAAUGUUAUUAGCAAUCAUAAAAGUUGCGAAUAUGCAACCGCUUCUUCAUGAUACAUUGCCAGAUCCUUAUGUUAGAGUCGAUGUACGUCUUAAAGACAAGUUAAUCUUGAAGAAAAAGACGUUCGUUAUUCGUCAAGAGCUAAAUCCAAUGUUCAAUCAAAAAGUAGAAUUUAGCCUUACUCGAGCAAAUUUAGAAAAAGUAAAAAUACUUUUUAAAAUUUUCAGCUAUUGCCAGGAGCAAGUGUUCGACAAUCGAACUGUACUUUUACAUUGGUUUGAGUUGGGUUCACACACGACUGGUUCAUCUUUACAGCAUUGGAAAAACGCUAUAAGAACAAAUAAGGCCACGGCUAGGUGGCAUACGGUCAAUUAUUUAUAACAUUAAUGUUACAUCAAUGUAGCACACGGUCAAUUAUCUAAAAUAAUGAAGAAUGACAUAUCGUGAUUAUGGUCAUUCCAUGAUUUAUUCUACUUUUAUUCAGUCGCGUAGCUAGCUCUUAAGUCUUGAUUUUGCUAUGUAAAUUUCAAAGAAUUACAAUUAUUAAGUUUUUUAGAAAUUAAUUUCUUUUGUUUUUUAAAGUGAGUGAAUCGCAAAAGAAAAAUUUAUAUAUUAGCGCUUGUUUCUCAGGCUGGCUACACCAGUGCAAAUGUGAUAUUUGUUCAGCAAUUGUUCUGUAAAUUGUUUUAUUUAUUUAAUUAAAGGUAAGAGCAAUUGAUUCUUCUCA